CAUCAACCUAUAAAACGCGAAUUGGGUUCUUCUGAUGAGACAAAGAUAAGCGCGAUUGGAGAAAUAAGAAAGAGAUAGAAAGAUAGGAUGGCUUCACGCUGGGCGAACGACGAAGCCGACAAGGCGGAGGACGCCCGUAGGAAGAAAGAGAAGGAGGAGAAGAAGCGCCAGAAACUCGCGAAACAGCAGGCCGAGCAGGAGGCUGCUGCUGCACGUGCGGCUGCAGAACGGGAGCAAGCAUCGCGACCGGCUAAGAGAAGAAGAUUAUCUGCCUCCCCUGAGAAGGAGGGUGGUGCAUCAGGCGUUUCUGGAGAGGCAAAGGUAUUGAGAUUUGAAGCUGGAAGUUGGGGUCCUUGUCGACAUAUCAAUAAUUUCGAGACAUUGAAUCAUAUCGAGGAAGGCAGCUAUGGUUGGGUUUCAAGAGCAAAAGAGAUUGGAACAUCGGAAAUUGUGGCUUUGAAGAAGGUCAAGAUGGACUACGUAAACGAUGGCUUUCCGAUCACAGCAUUGCGAGAGAUUGCGAUGUUACAGAAGGCACGGCACAAGAACAUCGUAGACUUGAAAGAGGUAGUCGUGGGAGACUCUCUGGAUGAGGUGGUACUUGUAAUGGAAUUCAUCGAGCACGACCUCAAGACCCUCCAAGAAGACAUGGCCGAGCCCUUCCUCGCCUCCGAAGUGAAAACCCUCCUGCGCCAAUUAGUCUCCGGCGUAGAUUUCCUCCACCAAAACCACAUCAUGCACCGCGAUCUCAAAACCUCAAAUAUCCUCCUCAACAACCGCGGCGCCCUCAAACUCGCAGACUUCGGCAUGGCCCGCUUCAUCCCACCACCCAACGCGCCCCUGACCCAACUCGUCGUAACCCUCUGGUACCGCGCCCCGGAGCUCCUCCUCGGCACGACAACCUACAGCACCGAAGUCGACAUGUGGUCCGUGGGCUGCAUAUUCGGCGAACUGCUCCUCAAAGAGCCUCUCUUACCAGGCAAGAACGAAGUCGACGAGCUCGCCAAGAUUUUCGCGCUGUGCGGCCUCCCGGACGAAAAGUCGUGGCCGGGCUUCUACCGCCUCCCCAACGCGAAGAGCCUGCGGCUUCCGCGCGACACGAGGGGCCCGAAACCUGGCCCCGUGAUACGCACGAAGUUCCCGCUGCUGACGAAUAAGGGGGUGGAGUUGUUGACGGAGCUGUUGUCGAUGAAUCCCGAGGGGCGGCCGACGGCGGGGGAUAUGCUGAAUCAUGCGUAUUUCACGGAGAGUCCGAAGCCGAAGCCGCCGGAGAUGUUUCCUACGUUUCCGAGUAAGGCGGGGCAGGAGAGGAGGAGGAAGAGGAGUCCGAAUGCGCCGCAAAGGGGGGAUGCGCCGGGGAUGGGCGGCGCGGAGAUCGAUUUCAGUGGGAUCUUUGCGGGGAGGGAAGAGGAGCAGAAGGGGGCUGGGUUUAUGCUUAAGAUGGGUUGAAGUGUGGGGAAUGGUCAAGUGCGAGUGGGUGCUUUCAAUAGAUAUAUUUAUUGUUUAUUGACUACCUGAGCGCGUCAUUGCGGGCGGUAUACAGCGAUGCCAUGUGAGAGCGUAAAGGGGUAUCCUUGAUCCCGGAGGCUGCUAAUUCUAUAAAAUCAAAAUGGAAGUCCAAAU